AUAAAAUACAAUUAUAAAAAAAAAAAAAUACACGCCGUGAAGAAGAAGCAGACGCCACCUAUAAUCCUAAAGUAAAUGCAACAACAACAACAGUAAUAGUAACUAGAAAAAUAUAAGAAUAAUAAUAAAGACCCAAGUAGGCGAGAAUAAAAAUAAAAAACAAUAAAACAAUCAAAAAAAAAAAAAGAGAGGGAGAAAAAAGCGCGAAAAUCUAUAUAAGAACACUUUCCCAGAAACUCUUUUUCGCGUUAUCGAUUUUUUGCCAGUGUGUGUGUGUGUGAGUGUGCAAUCAAACAACAACAACAACGGCAUACUGUGUGUUAUCAACUGCAAAAUAAAACACAAAAAAAAAAAAUCAAAUCUCAAUAAAAAAAAGAAAAGUAGGGGAAAGAAACCCUUAGCCGGUUGCCUUGCCACCCACCACCAUCUCCCUCGUCAGCACACCAGCGGAUGCAAAAAAAAAUUACAAUUUCCCAUCACUAUCAUCGCGGAUCGUUUAAGGAUAAUCCAAAUUCAAUUAAUCACAAACACCGGUGUUCUAGAUUAUAUGAUGAUUUCGUUGCUGCAAAUGAAAUUCCAUGCGCUUUUGUUGUUGCUAUCAAAAGUCUGGACAUGCAUCUGUUUCAUGUUCAAUCGCCAAGUGCGAGCUUUUAUCCAGUAUCAACCGGUUAAAUAUGAACUCUUUCCGCUGUCACCGGUCUCCCGCCACCGACUGAGUCUGGUGCAGCGAAAGACCCUCGUUCUGGACCUGGACGAGACCCUCAUCCACUCGCAUCACAAUGCCAUGCCCAGGAAUACCGUGAAGCCCGGCACGCCGCACGAUUUCACCGUCAAAGUCACCAUCGAUCGGAAUCCAGUUCGAUUUUUUGUUCACAAACGACCGCAUGUCGAUUAUUUUCUGGAUGUGGUCUCUCAGUGGUACGAUCUGGUGGUAUUCACAGCCAGCAUGGAGAUCUAUGGAGCGGCAGUGGCGGAUAAACUGGACAACGGUCGGAAUAUACUCCGGCGGCGCUACUACAGACAACACUGCACUCCAGACUAUGGUUCCUAUACCAAGGAUCUGUCGGCUAUUUGCAGUGAUUUAAAUAGGAUAUUCAUCAUUGACAAUUCGCCCGGCGCCUAUCGCUGUUUUCCCAACAACGCCAUACCCAUCAAGAGUUGGUUCUCGGAUCCCAUGGACACGGCGCUAUUAUCGCUGCUGCCCAUGUUGGACGCGUUGCGGUUUACGAACGAUGUGAGAUCAGUGUUGUCCCGUAACUUGCAUCUGCAUCGUCUCUGGUAGCAGGUGGGACGCCUAACGCUAGUAUAGUCUAACGUAUUUCUGCAGUGAGGAGGAGGGUAAAUUUUUUGAAAUUAGCAACAACAACAACAACAAGAAGAAGAAGAAAAUGGUGGUGCUGUGACACAUUAACGAAUUUUUUUCAAUAUUAUUAAUACUUAUUACCAUUCAAGACGACAAGCAAAUUUGGAUAGUGAAAAACAACAAAUAAAGUCCCCCCCCCACAGAGUUAAUUAAUGGGGGUGGGGAAGGGGGUGUAGAACUAUGACAGACAGUGAUCGAUCAAGUAAAGAAAAAAGAUAAUCAAGGUAAACCCCAUUGUUGGAUCUGGAAAUCUAUAGUUGUAAUAAUUUGUAAUUUUAUUUUUUUUUGUUUGAAAAAAAUGCCUCUAUUAAGAUUAAACACUUUUAUAAUAAUCUACCUGCAUUCGAGUGCAUCAGAAUUAUGAUUACUAUUUUUAGUUGUGUUGUUUUUUUUUGUAUAUAUAUAUACAUAAAUACACACAUAUAUAUAUAUAUAUAUAUAUGCAGUUUAUAUAUAAAUAUAUAUAUAUAUUUGUAAAAUCCAAAACUAUUGAACACAGUAUCUUAACUAAAUAAAACUGAAAAUUAAGAACAAAUUCAAGUCAAGUUAUAUACACUAUAUAUAUAUAUAUAUCAUAAUAUAAAUUCUAAAUCUAAGUCGUGCAACAGAAGUCUGUUGUAGUAUCUACAUAUAUUAUUAUGAUUACAAUUUAUAAUUACGAUAAUGAAAAAGUGAAAUUGUUUACACUUAAACUGUAUAUGGCGAUUGAGAUAUAAAUACUUUUAGUUAUACAAAUUAGUUGAUUACGAAACUUUCCUGGACAUCAUUAUUAUGGAUAAUUACUAUAUGUAACCGAUUCUGUAGAGACUUUAUACUAUUCUGUUUCUCUUGUAAAAAGAUGACAAAACCCAAAAAACGACAAACCGAACGAUGAGAUCUUUCAAGAGUUUCAUUUUGCUUGAAAAAAAAAAACAAAAAAUAUAUAACAAUUUUUCUAUGGAUAAGAUUUUUGUCUUUGAAGGCAUUAUAUAAAUAUGUAUAUUUAUAUAUAUCUACAUCUAUAAAGUACUAUUUAAAAACAAAAAAAAAACUAAAAAAAAAACCAACAAAAUAAACCUUAAUGAUCAGAAAGAUAGUUAGUGGAGAGGUAGAAGGAGAAAAAAAAUGAAAAAAUCACGACGGCCGAGCCGUAUAUAGUCUCUUAUAAUCCGAUCGGAUCAGAUCAGAUUCAAGACAGAGCCCCCAGACUGGAAAGUUAGAGAAGAGGAUAUAUUGAGAUAAAAAAUAGAGAGCCAAAUCACUAAUUAUAUACUUGUACCGAGUUAGUCUGAGAAGAAACUAAAAUGAGAAAUCGUGGCACAUCAUCUGAGAAUGAGAGACAUCACACACAACACAGUAGGAAAAUGAGGAUUAUAGUUGAACGGAAAACAAAUGAAAACUGCUUCCAUAGUUAAUGUUAUUUCCAAAAAUAUAAAAAAAAACAUAUUUAAUACAACAAAAUAAAAUACAAAACAACAUCCUCAAAAGCUUGUCUGAACACAUUGUAUACCCACACUCCCCUAUCCAAUUGUUCUUUUUACUGAAUUGUACAUUUUAAAUACAAUCACUAUUUGUUUAUUAUUGCAAGAAAUACAAACAACAACAAAAGAAUUAUGAAAAAAAUACGUGUUUGCGCGAUGUUGUUAAUUUUAAGUAGUUUGUAGCAAAUUUGUUAAACUGAGACGUAAAUGAAAUAAAUGAGAAAGGGAACACAAAAA